AUGAGGUUCGGGAAACGUGGAAAGUUAAGCCCUCGUUAUUUCGAACCUUAUGAGAUCACAGAAUGCAUCGGACCCGUUGCCUAUAGACUUGCCUUACCUCCAGAACUAUCUUGGAUUCAUGACGUAUUUCACGUAUCUAUGCUAUGGAAGUACGUGCCCAAUCCUUCCCUUAUCCUGGAAUAUCAAUUUGUGGAGCUGAGAGAAGAAUUGACAUAUGAGGAGCAACCAGUGCAAAUUUUGGAUAGAAAGGAACAAGUGUUGCGCUCUACAACCAUUUCAGUAGUGAAGGUAUUGUGGAGGAGUCAAACUGUUGAGGAAGCUACUUGGGAAUCCGAGGCGUAG